AUGACAGAUAAAAAUAUUUCAACAACCAUUAAUACAAAUGAUGGAACAAAUAAAAUAGUUGAAAAAUAUCUCAAAGAAAGUGAUGAUGAAGACGAUAGUGCUGAUGAAGAAGAAACUACAGUCAGUGCUUCAGCUCAAAGUCUUGGUGUUCGUGCACAAAAGAAAUUACUAAGUAAACUAUCAUCAAAAUCAGUUGUUAAAGUUUUCAUUGAUGACACUAGUAGUCGUGUAUUAGACAAUUUGCAUAAAUUAAUACGUGCUUAUUCAGAUAGUAAAAAAGAAGCUGACAAAUUACUUAAAUCAAUAAUAAAAACAAUUGUUAAAUUGGGUAUAUUAUAUAAAAAUAAUUUAUUUACUGAAUAUGAAUUAAAAUUAAUUGAAGAUUUUCGUAAUCGUUUUCAUUCAUUAUCAAAAGCAAUUGUUACAUUUUAUGAAGUUGAAUAUACAUUUGAUCGUGUUUUUUUAACACGUGCGUGUAAAGAAUGUCAAGAUUUAACACAUAAAAUUAUAUCAACACAUUUAACACAAAAAUCUCAUAUACGUAUUGAUUAUAUAUUUAAUUAUUUAUCGAAUUUACAUUUUAUUGAAUAUGUUUUUAAUACAAAUUCAACAGCAAAUCGUGCAAUUAUUAAGGACAUUGUUCAAGAUAUGAAUUCAUUAAUGGAUGCUGGACUACUUUAA